CAUAACACUCCCAAGUUUUUCACUUGAUCACAUUUCAGUUUGCUAUAUUAACUUAACUUAAAAUGCAUUAACCAUCCAGAUAAGCUAUAUUUUAAGCCCUUUUAUUCUGACUGACUAAUUGUAGCUGCAGAAAUCACUCAGAAGCCGUCUAUGGCGAUGACAGAAGCCCAGGUUGUCCUGAGAUCAAAAUCAGACAUUGAUUUCGAAUUUGUGGCAAAAAAUGACCACAUUAUCGCUUCGUAUUUGACCACUUCAAGCUCCAAGAUACCAGGUGGAAGCUACUUGUACUCCAUAAAUGGCCACCAACUGCAUGGCUCAUCUUCUGCGUCGCUACUUAAAGAUGUCAAUCAAACCAUUGAAUCUGAGAAAAGUUAUCCACUUACGUUGGUGUUUAAAAGUGAACUUGAUGUAAAAGUUAGGAAAAAAAUGAAUUUUCCAGUGUCAAACAAAUUUUUGGGAGAGUUCCCUCCWUUAUCAGAAAAAGAAUGGGAUGAGUACAAAAGUCUUGCAAAGUCGUGGGUUCAGCCCUUGAUAGAUGCUUCCAAUUCUGAUGAGGGUUUUGAUUAUGUAUGUACAAGGGAGAAUGUAGAAAUUUAUCAAGGACAUGACCCUCAUAAAAAGAUUCAAAUGGUACGCGGCAAGACCAAAGUCAAAUGUUCUAAAGAUGAAAUGAGGGCUUUUAUGAUAAGUCCAACAACUGAUUCUUUUAGGAGACUUUUUCAUAUGAUUGAUGCUCACUUCCAAGAUGGUAUCCUUGUUCACAAGUGCCCUAAAGACUACAAACACCCUGAAGUUCCUUUUUAUUCCAUUAAAUGGGCUGUCAUGGGWGUGCGCUCAUCUCCCUUCUGGCUUAGAGAUGUCUGUUGGCUUGAAUAUGGAGAUAUUCUGAAAGAUGAAAAUGGUGAAGAAUUUGGCUUUGGUGUGGCAUCAUCAAUAGAGAGGCCAACAGAAUGCCCUACGAUGGAGGAGUAUAAGUUGGUUCGUGCAGAUGUAAUGGUCAGUGGAUAUCUGUUUCGUCCUGUUCCCAACGCACCUGAUUAUAUGGAGAUUACAUAUGUCGUACAAGCUGAUCCUAAAGGCUGGUUACCAGCAUGGGCUGUAAACAUGUUUGCCUGGCAGCAGGCAUUAAAUGUAGCAAGAAUACGGCACAAUGCAGAGGGAAUUCAUCAAGCAAAGGAGAAGAUGGCGGAUCAUACUCGAAAUGGAGCUGCUGUUCAGGGCGUCCUUGUUCCCCAUGGUCAAAGCUAUGCAAUAGACAUUGAUUCACCAGAAGGCAGCUCUAUCUUAUCUUUUGGAUUCUGCACUGAAGACCAUGACAUAGGAUUUUAUGUAACUAAAUUAAAUAGUGACAUAUCAUGGAGUGAAAGCACAAGAUAUUCAGCUGACAAGUCACCCAUAUCUGGACAGGUCAAGCUUAGCAAGAAAUGUCAUCAAAUAAUCUUUGACAAUACCUACAGUUGGUUUACAGCAAAGCAAGUCUAUUACUGGUUCAGCGUGUCAUCAUAAUCAUUUUAUACAUGAAGUCAUUAGUUUCCCUUUGGCUGAAGUUAGAAAUACUUUUUACCCGACAAGCAAUAGUCUCCUUGACAUUCUCCUGUGUCAUCUUAAAAGAGCUCUGUCAAAGCAAAAGAUGAGCUUGCUAUGACAGAAACACUCACAUGUUUUUAUCAUAAUAUUGCACAUUCAACAGUUAUCUUGAUUCAAUGCAAAGAUGCAGCUCUUCCUAGUUUCAAUGUGAUGCAGGAAACCACGAAGAAGRCUAUUCAAAUUAAAUAAUUGUGUAAUCAAAAUUGCCAAAUUGGUCUUAUUUAGRGCUAUAUCAAUAUUAUUAAUUAUUAUUCAUUCAUUUUUAACUCAAUACUCGAUGGUCAAAAAUAAUAAAUGAAUUCUUAAAAGAAUUUGAAGGUGAAGCUAACUCAUACAUAAGAGAUAGUUUGAAGUUCUGCUUUAUUGUCAGACGUUCACCUGAGAUGGCUUUAUAAAUGAAAARUGAUAAUAAAGCCAUCACAGGCAAAACUUUUGACGAUAAAGAAAAACUUCAAAUUAAUGCUUUACACUAAGUAAGUCUUCUGUACAUUUAUAAAUUCUAACAAAUAGAGCGGAUUUUGUGUGAACCACACGUUAMGUUUCGUGUCURUACUGUAUUCUUGAAUUKGURUAUCAUUKAUUUKCCAUCAUUACUAGGCAUAGAGYGSWUUUCGUAUGAGUGGGACACCGUUACCGCACGGUUACCGCACAGUUACCGUACCUGGCCUGCAGAAUUUUGGUGAAACAAUGGGGCACUAGAAUUUGGUUACAGUACGAUUACGGWCACAGUAMAGUACWGUCUGUUUCCCACUCAUACGAWAUCCGCUCUAUGGUUCCAUGGACAUGCUUUGUCAUGGAUUCUGCAGUUGUACAGUUGUAUGAAAUCCACUCUAUAAAAUAAUUCCAUUGUACAUCCAAUCUUUUUUUACUUACAUGUAAUAUCAUGGUAAAUAUUAGUGAUAUAUUUUAUAAAGGGCUUUAUCUAAAAAAAAMCUCAAAUUGAGAAAAAAACAUAGUCCCCUCUCCCAGCCAUUAUAAGGCUCCUUCUCAGGUCUCUCCCUGUAAGAGAGGCCUGAGAACGAGCCUCUUAAUGACUGCGAGAGGAGACUGGAAAAAAAACACUAAAUAGCAAGAUUAUAAAUAAAAUAUAUAAAAAAAACAA